CUGCUUCGCGUUUUUCUUCGGCAUUGACUUUAUCAAUCUCAACUUUCUCCGGGAUCGCAGAUUUAUCUUCGUUUCAACAAUGACUCAUAUCCUUUUAAUUCUCUCUUUGCUUCAAUCGAUUUCUCGAUCUACGAAUCUCCACAAUCUUUUUAGGAGAGAGCGUGACCGUGAAAGAGCCGCUGCUCGUGCUGGAGGAAAGGGUAAGAAUGCUGAGGAUGGUCUGACUCCGGAGCAACGUCGUGAAAGAGAUGGAAAAGCAUUGCAAGAAAAGGCAGCUAAGAAAGCUGCUCAAGCUGCAGCUGCAGGUUCUGGUGGUGGAGCUGGAAGUAAAGGAGCUGCUAAGAAGUGAUGAUGAUUGUUUGGUUUGUCUUUUGAGCAUAUUGUAGACUUUAUGUUUGAAAUUGGGUUGUUUAGACCUGAAGCUUUGACUCUUGUCUGAAUCCUAUUAUACUGUCUUUGUGUUGAAAUUGGAAUUUGAUGCUUAUGAUGAUAUUAUUGUUACUCUUGAGUUUGUGUUUCAUUCUUUCUGUCGGAAUGUUUGGAAUCUGUUCAUUUAGAUCUGAGCUUUGCCUCUUGUCUGAAUCCCAUUUUACUCUCUCUGUGUUGAGAUUGCAAUUUGAUGCAUAUGGUGAAAUCUUAUUUGGUCUUUCUUUGAUCUGUUAUUAUGUUAUUAUACUGUCUCUUUUGGGGACAUUGUGGUUCUUGUUACUCUGACAUUAUGGCUCACUAUUUCUCUCAGAAUGUUCGAUAAUCGGGUCGUUUAGUCAGACUGUUUGAAUCAUGUUAUGAUGUCUCUCUAUUGAAAUCGCAGUGUGAUGCUUGUGGUACAUCAUAUGGUCUUUGAUCUGUACUAAAAUUUAUGACAGUUG